AUGAACCCAAACUUUUGGAAUUAUUCAAGCGGCGACAAUGGCGGCCGCGCCCAAGUGUACGGCUGGACGGGACCACCCCCGGCCAACCCUGCUAAUAGGACUCCCAUUGUGACUGGAUGGAGACCUGGCAUAGCGCCGCCCCCCUACUCCACCCAGGCCGCUGGGUAUACCCUAUAUCCCGGAACAAACCAGGCACAGUGGAUGUCAGCGCAUCAUGCCCAGGCUUCUAUUCAGUCCGCGCCUGCCCCGACCAGCGCCAAUGCUGGCCCUCGGGGCGUCUUUCCUCACGGACACAUGAACUACGACUCUUACUUUCGCACUGAUGGCUUGCCUGUCAUUGGACAACAUGAUGGAAACCCUGUUCACUUUGUGGAGUACCCUGCGAACCCAAAUUAUGCCUACGGCGCGCAAUACUACGAUGGUCGUCACAUCCAGUUUAAUGGAACCUACCUUGGAAUCAGCGAAAUCCAACUCAGCACCGUGUUAUCGUCGAUUUCUAUCAGAACCCUCACGGCGUGGUGUCCCAUGGUGGUCCAAACUCGCGACCUGGACAGUUCACGCUCGCAACACACAGGAAUUGGUAACCUGGAGGGUCUGGGGGAUCGUCGCCCCCUGUGGGUUGAGAGAGGAGAUGCAGCCAACUGCUGCUACUGUACUGCUGCUCAGCACACGACGAGCAGGAUCCUCUUGCAGAGCGAUCACAUCGGCGUUCCAACAAACCUGUAA